ACAGCAGCUGAUAAAGUUGGGUGACAGAGAAUUAAUUGGUAUGGUUCCUGCCAAAUUGGGACAGUUGGAGGAUAUGUCAGGUUCUGUUAUACCGGUGGUUCUGUUCCAACAACCUCUUACUGAAAUUUCUUGCCUUCUUCUCUAUCUUCAAGUCCUACCAUAUCCUCUAUUGCCAUUUCCAAUUCCUGCAGUCAUUUCAGAUUGAUUUUUGUUAUGUUCUGCAAAGUUACUUUAUAGUAACAGCCCUGCCUAUGACUUGCCCUACGAGACAAAGUGUUUUUUUCUUUCAGUAUUAACAGUUAACAAUAAAUAGGUAUAUGCAUCUUACACUUGCUUCAGCCACCAAAAACUUUGUGUGCUGUUCUGGCCUGAACUUGUUCACGGGGCUUGUUUCAUAACUGGUCAGUCUGACUGCUUGUUUCUUGCUCCAGGCCUGACCACAAAGGUUGACAUUUUAUCUUGUGCAUUCUUCUCAGAACAGCAAAGGGACUUCUUGCUCGAGAUUCAAGGGCAGGGCUGAGGUUACUUAAUUUUAGACCCUGGACUACCUUGUUGCAGGUUUCUUUCCUUUAGAGGGUGAUCUAUUUUGCUUUACUUCAAAAUAUGACAAGUCCCUACAGGCCCAGUUCUGCUAAGGCCUUGCUGACCUGCCCCAAACUCUUGCCCUGAUGGUACCACUCUAAAGACAGUAAACAAAGUUCAGAUAACCCAAAGAGCAGAGAGUUAUUUUGGUUCUCUCCUCAUGUCUUUAUACAACUUUUCUCAAAUUCACAUACAGAUGUGAGGCAAACAUCCUUGGUUUGAAUUUUUGAAUAUGUUCAGCAUAUCCUCCCCUGGGCUUCACGAACAUUGGAGUUGGCACUUCCAAUUUGGCCAAUCUAGGCUGAGAUUGUUAGUUCAUUUGCUUCAAAUGGCUUCUCAGUGUCUUCUUUCAAGACUCCCUUUUGUUGGCCAUUGCUUUGGCUCACACUGCUCCUUUGUCUUUCUCCACUCCACCUAAUGCCAGUUAAUUCACAUUCAAAUUUGCCUUCACAAUUUCUUUUGGGAUAUGUGAGACCCAUGUGAUGCAGCAGCAAGAGGGCGAGGACUUGGAAAAUGCAGAUCCUAACCUUCACUGAGUCUUGAAACGUAUUGGGUGAGCUUAUGUCAGCCACACUAAUUUAGUGACCUACCUCACAGGGUUGUUGUGAGGCUAAAACCUACAAAUAAGAGAAUCAUGUACAUUCUUUGAGCUUAUUUGAGGAAAGACAGGAUGUAAAUGUAACUAAUAAAUACCAUGCAGCCAAUCUCUCUCACCAACUUCAUUCCAUUCAGUUGCAAGCAUCCCUUAUCCCAUGAUGGCACCAGCUGCCCUGGCAUAUCGUGGGGCUCUGCGAGGGCGUGGUCGAGCCACCAUUUAUAAUCCUAUUCGUGCAGCACCGGCUCCUUCUCCAGUUCCAGCCUAUGGCAGCGUACUCUAUCCAGAUGGUCUAUAUGGUUCUGAGCUCUAUGGUUAUCCUGCAGCCUACAGAGUGGCCCAGACACCGGCAGCUGCAGCAGCAACAGCUGCAGCAGCUUAUAGUGAUGGAUAUGGACGGGUCUACACUACUGCUGAGCCCUACCACCACACAGUGACCCCUGCCUAUGGAGUUGGUGCCAUGGCCAGCUUGUAUCGAGGAGGAUGCAAUCGAUUUACUCCAUACUGAAGGACCAAGAGCUGGUGCUGAGAAACUAGGAGGUGCCUGUGAACUGAUGGCACAUGGUGGGACCUGGCGCUGAGAACCUCUUUUGUGUGUGUGUGUGUGUGUGUGUGUGUGUGUGUGUGUGUUCAUGUGUAAGUGUGAGAGGAAGAAAGGCAGGCAGCCAGGUGCUUGGUGCAGAUUCCUCCCAAGCAGUCACACACUGAUGGUGGUGAUGGCUAGAUGAAAGCUUAGGAGUGUCUUCCAGGCCCUCUCAGCUUUCACAAUUACACCUUGCAGUGUGUUGUUGUAUUGGGUUGGAUGCAGGACAAAUUGAUAGGGUACAAUCACAGCUAGGUUGCAUACCUUAGGAGCAGCAAAGUGCACUGGAUUAAAACCCAAGCUUAGAAUAGUCCCCUUUUGGGGCUAAAUAAUUUCCAGAAUCCACCAGCCCCAGGGAGUAGGCACUUAGAGAAUUUUGGAUGUUAUAGGCCAAAAAGUGAACUUUUCCAAGCUCUAAAUUUUUUUAAGAAUGAUGAUGCCUGGAAUUGGGUGGAAUUGGAAAGCUAGCAAAGUCGUUAUAUCUCAAACACAUCCUAAAGUUUGAGGUCAUCUGUAGAAUGCCUAGAGAUGUUUCAGAAAUCAGAUGCUUUUUUCAAGCUCCUAUCACAGUUUUAAACCCGUUCCUCAACCAUUCAACUAUCAUGGCACCUACUUAAGAAUCCAGGGAGAAGUGUCAGGCUCAGCCCACCAUGACAGCUCUUUGACUUUGGUGUCUCUGUGUGGAGGAACUAUGACAGUUAACAACUAUUUUAAAACCAGCCUCUGAAUUUAUGACUGCUUCUAUCACAGACUUGUAUCAGUCACAGUUUUUCUAUGAAAUCCUGGGAACUGUAGUGAGAUAGUAGUGUCCUACAAACCCCAGGGGAAUGUAGCAACUGUUUCCCCAGCUGAUGUUUUCUGUUACAGACAUGCAACAUGGCAUGGGAUGGACAUGCUUGAGCCCUUAGAAGUUGAUAGGCAGGAACUGCCACCAUUCAUAACCAUUGGCCAUCCUGACUGGGACUAAUGGAAGUUAGUGUCCAUCAAUGCUGCCCCUGUCAUAGAGAUCAUGUCAGAUUCAACUCAGCUCUCUGGAGUUCUUCCCUUGCUUUUCUCAUUCCCUGUCCUUUUCCUCCUCUUUGAUUGCCUUGUGAUAGUUUUCUCUUUAAUGCUAUGCUUCCACUAUGCUUCUUUGUUAUGUUCCCUCCUGUAUUUCAGAUCUGCUUUGGGUAUCAGUUCAGGACAAGCAAUGGCUGAAGCAAGCCUCUUAUAUUUCUGUCAAAACUUUCAGGAUUUUUAAAAAAAUAAAAUGUAUCAUUGUUAUUGAUAAUAUUAUUAUUUUAAAUAAUAUUAUAUAAAAACAAUAUUUUGUUUAUAAAUAAUAUAUUUUUUUACUUUUAAUUCUGUCCUGAAAAAAACAUGUUAACACAUUUCAGACCCCCUGCCUGCAUUAUGAAAGGUUGUGAUGCAGAAACUGGUUCUGACAGCAAGUAUAGCAUAGAUUACCAUUGAAUAAGGUAGGGGGGAAAUCAAACAUAUUCAAGGGGUUGGUUCUGUUGGGAGCUGUUAAACAGGCAAAUGCAGUUUUCCGUAACAGUCCUGUACCCGUCAUCCUGCCCAAGAGAUUUGUGUAUCUGAGGUUGAAGAAAUGGGAGGUCAUAUUUUAUUCUGGAUCACAGAGAGUAUUAAAUCAAUUAUUUAGCAUUUUUCAGAAACCAUAACAAAACCAAAAACUGUAGACUACUGUCCAAGCAGUUAGACAUUUCUACACUAACUAGAGAGAGCCAGUGUAGUGUAUUGGUUUGGGUUUUGGACUAUGACUCUAGAGAGCAAGGAUUGAAUAUCCACUCAGCCAUUGAAACCCACUGGCUGACCUUGGGCAAAUCACACUUAGCCUCAGAGGAAGGCAAAAGCAAACCUCCUCUGAACAAAUCUUGCCAAGAAAACCCCAAGAUAGGUUCACCAUAAAUUAUAAGCAACUUGAAGGCACACAACAAUAAAAAAACACCAGUGGGGAAGCUUUGAUUUUCACUCUCUCCCAUUCAUAUCCUUGGGACUUGAUAUGUGUCUGGUUUAUUUUGUCUUGAUCAUUACAUUAAAACCUACAAAGGGGUUGAUGGAGGGGAUUCUUUUAAAAAUGGGGGUGGUUAUUACUCCAAAAUUAACAGCACAGUCAUAUGCACAAUUACUUAAAAGUACGUGCCCUUGAGUUCAAAGCACUUAUUCCCAGGUACAUCUAUGUAGGAUGUGUGUAUGGGGUUAUCUGUUUAUAAAUGCAGCAUAACACACAACAACAACAUAUAAAAGAGAUAUACACAUUAGUGUAAUACAUAUAUAUAUAUAUAUAUAUAUAUAUAUAUAUAUAUAUAUAUCUGAAUGCCCAGGUGGAUUGCUCUUCUCCACCCAUUUACCAGAGCUUGGAAAAACACCUGUUUUGGACUGCAACUAUCAGAAUCCCCUAGCCAACGUAGCCAUAAUGUAUAAGAUGUGAGAUUCUGAGAAUUGUAGUCCUCCAGGAAUAACUUUCCCAGACUCUGCCACUGACAUGCAGGUUGUUCCAGUGGGGAAAUAAAUGGAUGUUAAUACAUACAUUAUAAUGCAGGUGGCCAAGUGCAGGACUAAAACCUAUGGAGUUUUUGUUUUAGGCAGUUUGAAAAGGAAAGAAAAGGCAAACUAUAUCAGAAUGCAUCUUAAGUAUUUUCAUUUUCCUCUGAAAGCUGCUGAUCCCAAAGCAGAAGCCGUUUCUAUUCCUAGCAAUUUGCUUCACACCUCUAUCUGGGCUUGAGUGUCUGUGGCAGUGUUCCUGCUCAAUUCACAGUUCAAUAUCUCAGGGAAACCCUUCUAAAUAGACGCUUGUUCUUUUCACUGUUUCCUUGUUACUGUAAUAAAAUCCUGAUUCUGGCUAA